AUGGCACUUCCUGGUGAAGCUGGUCGCAUGCCGGAGGAGAUGUCUCCGAAUGAGCUGGAGCGGGAGAUUGCCACCACAGAAGAGACGGUCCAGGCGUUGCGCGGAGCCCUCGAGCAAGCGGAGGCACGAUUGCUGACACUGCGUGCAGCACAGCGACGGCGCAGCAAGGGCGAUGAGGUUGCCGGCAAGUCGCCGAGCCAAAAGAUUCACGCACAGUUUGGCAAAUUCGGGAAUUGGCUGGCGAAACAGAGCGAGAUUUUGCUGCAGCAGGCAGAGGCUGCAGAUGAGAAGGAGGCCGCGCUGCGUCGUGCUGCGAUACAAAAGAAGGAAGACGGAGCCGAGGCGGCCCUCCGCAGUGAGGCGGACUUUCACAGUGCGCAAGUGGUUCGCCAGCACGUCCUAAGGUUCCUGGACUCCCAGGCAGCAGAGGAGUCAUCAGACCGCGAAGGACUCUUUUUCCGUUGGCUCCGAGAUUUUCACAGUGAAUACGACGAAGCAUGGUUCGAGCAGAACUUAAUGCGCAUCGACUUGGCCUUUCGCCAGAUGUUCGAAGCUGCCGUCGCAGAGCAUCAGAA